UUAGGUUAUCAGUACACAUGUAUUGAGACUCAGUUUAAUAAUCUUAUACCUAUAUAUUUUUUAAAUUUGUUAAAUAGUUUUUAGUUUAAUUAUGUUUGUUUAAGUGUUUCCGAAUUAUUGUGAUCUUGAAGAAGUAUGAGCAGUUACACAAGCAAAAAAGAUGGAAGUGAACAAGACGAUUUUUCUCCAGACGUUUCGACAAAUUCUAAUACUUUUCAUGGUUUCUCUAUGCCAAUACACAAUUCUGUGAAACAAACAAAUAACCAUAAUAGUAAUGAAUCUGACAAAUACGUACCCGAGAGGACAUUCAGAAAUGCUUUACCACAAAUAUUGGCGACAUCAGCAAAGAAUUGUCUACUUCUUACAUAUGGUAUGACAUUAGGGCUUCCAACCAUAGCUAUCCCAGCAUUAUAUACUAAAAAUGCAUCCAAUGAAAAAUUCAGCGAUACGCUCCAGCUAACCAGAGAACAAAUAUCAUGGUUCAGUAGUAUUAAUUUGAUAUGCGUACCCCUUGGUUGUAUAAUGUCUGGUGCAUUAACUCAACCUUUUGGAAGAAAACCUAGCAUGGUUAUGCUUAAUUUACCAUUUAUCAUGGCUUGGUUAUUAUUUCAUAAUGCUUCUACUGUAGUGGAACUUUACUUAGCUUUAGCUAUAUGUGGCCUCUGUGGCGGAUUACUGGAAGCUCCAGUGUUGACAUAUGUUGCUGAAAUAACUCAACCGCAUCUUAGAGGAGUGCUUUCGGCAUCAGCGUCUACUACAGUCAUACUUGGAACUAUGUCUCAGUUCGUCAUGGGUAACUUUUUACACUGGAGAAAGGUGGCACUCAUUAACACUUUUAUACCAAUAUGUGCAUUGAUAUCACUAUUGUUUAUACCAGAGAGUCCUCAUUGGCUUAUAAGCAAAGGUAGAGUUGCUGAUGCUGAAAAAUCACUUUGUUGGCUUCGUGGAUGGGUAAACCCAGAAAAAGUUCAAUUUGAGUUGUCUACGAUAAGGAAAUCCAUAGCAAUGAAUAAGGAAAAAAUUAAAAUGAAGAAAAACAAAAAAUUUUAUUCGUUUUAUAUCAAACGGACUUUUUUACUACCAUAUUUCAUCAUAACAGCAACGUUCUUUUUUGGUCAUUUUGGUGGAAUGACUACAUUACAAACUAACGCUGUUCAAAUUUUUGAGACAUUGGGUUCUCCAAUUAGUGGAUAUGCUUCUACAUUAAUUCUAGGAAUGGCUCAAUUGAUGGGAGGAAUUCUAUGUUUGACUUUGAUUCAUUGGACAGGCAAACGACCGUUAGCAAUAAUAUCCACUUUGGGAACAUCUCUAUGUUUUUUUAUCGUAUCAGGUUAUGCCUAUAUGAGACAAUAUAACAUUGAAUUGACCAACAAUAACACGUGGAUACCAGUCGUAUUUUUAAAUAUGGCCGCGUUUAUGACACAUAUAUCGAUCAGGUUACUUCCUUGGAUGCUGAUCGGAGAAGUGUAUCCGCCAAACAUACGAGGGCCAGCCAGUGGUGCUAGUGGUUCAAGUUCCUAUAUAUUUGCAUUUACUGCCAAUAAAUCAUAUUUUAUGAUUCUUGAUCACAUUAAUUUAUUUGGAACAUUUCUCUUAUAUGCCUCAGUUAGUAUAAUAGGAUGCAUAGUACUUUACAUAAUGAUGCCGGAAACGGAAGGAAUAUGUUUGGAAGACAUACAAGAACAUUUUGCAAAUAAAUCCAAAACAUUCGCAAAAAAGAUUACAAAAAGCGAUAGAAACGAAGAAAUAAAACAGUGGGCGGCAACGAACCCCGCUUUAGAAAUUGAACAAAUAGAAUCACAUUUAUAAAAAUAAUAAUUAUUGUCUUUUUUUAAUGAAUUAUAAAUAAAUCAGAACGCACUUGCUUUUGUACAAAA